AUGGCUGACAAGAACCCUUCCAUCUCGACUCCGAGUCUCGACCUCUCGCUGCAGACUACCGAGCAAUCGGUCGUGGACGAUGAGCCAACACUGUGGAAGUCCAUCAGGAAAUGGCCCAAGGUCAUGGGAUACUCCUUGGGUUUGACAUCCAGCAUCUUGCUGUAUGGGUUUGACACUUCGAUAGUGGGCAACGUCUCGGCCAUCCCAGCGUUUCAGGAAGACUAUGGUCGAGAGUUGAACAACCGCCACAUCAUCCCGUCGAUGUGGAUGGGACUCUGGAACGCUGUUAGCCCGAUCGGUAUUAUGAUUGGAAGCAUCAUCGCUGGCUGGCUCCAGGAUCAUGUUGGACGACGUCCGACACUCGCCCUGGGAAGCUUCUUGUCAGCCGGGGCAGUGGCCAUCAUAUACUGCUCGCAUUUCCCCGAUGCGCUGGACUCGCGGCGGGGCACCUUUCUCGCGGCCAAACUCAUUCAGGGGUUGGCUGUCGGAGCCCUCUUGUGUACCACGCAGACGUAUCUUUCAGAAAUCCUACCGCCAAAGCUGAGGGGAUCAGUCAUGGCCUUCUUCCCCGUCUUCACGCUGCUCGGACAAUUGAUCGGCGCAGUCGUCGUCUAUACGUCCUUGAACUAUCCCGACGACCGACCCUACACCACGCCCAUGAUUGCACAGUGGCCGUUUUCUGCUGUCCCUUUAAUCCUGGCUCUGCUGCUGCCAGAGAGUCCAACAUACCUGCUUCGCAAGCGGAAAUACGACAAGGCUGUCAAAGCGCAGCGGCGACUCGACAGUUCGAGGACCGACACGCAAAAGAAUAUAGACAAUCUGGUAUACUUGUUGCGGAAAGAGGAAGAACAGGCCAAAAGGCAGGAUCGGGCAACGUACGCGGAAUGCUUCCGGGGCACAAACAGACGGCGCACGCUGAUUGUCAUCUUCGCAAACACGCUGCCUCAGUUCUUUGGACUGUCCUUGCUCGCGGACGCUAGCUAUUUCAUCCAAGUCGUCGGCAUGAGUGCAGACAAUGCUCUCUUGUUCCUCCAGCUCGGCGUGGGCUUGGGCUUGCUCGCCAAUAUUGUCAGCAUGUGGGUGAUCACAAAAGUCGGACGGAGGGUGCUUGGGAUGACGACCCUGGUUGGAAGCACCAUCCUCUGGCUGGGCAUGGGAAUUGCCGGUUGCUUUGAUGGUGUUGUCGUGAUCUGGUACACCGCAGUCACCAUGAUGGUGGUCAUUGUGGUCGUCGGGGUCGGCAUAUGGCCGGUCUCGUUCGUUGUCAGCGCCGAGACAUCGUCCCUUCGACUCCGCGCAAAGACCCAAGGCCUGGGAUGGUUUUCGGGCGCGCUCGCACAAGGAGUCUUCGGGAUCAGCCUCCCCUACGUGUACAACGUCGACCAGGGCAACCUCCGGGCCAAGGCCGGGUUCAUCAUCGCCGGAUUCUCGGCCAUCGCGUUGGUCCUGACCUGGCUCUUCGUGCCCGAAAUGAAGGAACGCACCGCCGCAGAGAUCGACGUCAUGUUCGAGCAUCGCUUACCCGCCAGGAAAUUCAAGGACUGGCGGCGAGGCACCAUUGGCGAAGUCAUGGCCGACGCCUCCUUCGGCUCUCAAGCACAUUUGACAUAG